CUCCCCAUCUCUUCCCCCAACACCACUAUCACCCAUUUCAAUUUCAUACUUGUUGAGUUGUUUCUAUUAAUCUCUUUAUAGAAUAGCCCCAUAUACCUCUUACUAGGACUACAAUCAUGGAGGGUCUCAAGGGUUUCAAGAGGUGCUUCAUUGCCAUCUCUUCAAUGACAUUGUUGAUGUCUGUGAUUCCAGUACAAGGCCAGACCAGUAAAUCAUGUACAAGCACUAUGAUCACUAGCUUCACUCCAUGUAUGUAUUACAUCACAGGAAGUACUGCAGGAAAUUCAUCUUCUCCAACUUCAGAUUGUUGUAGAUCUCUUGGGUCCCUUCUUAACACUAGCAUGGAUUGUACAUGUCUCGUACUUACUGGAAAUAUUCCUUUACGCAUACCCAUCAAUCGAACUCUCGCCGUCUCACUACCUCGCGCUUGUAACAUGUCCGGCGUGCCGGUUCAAUGCAAAGCCUCUGGUGCUCCUCUUCCUGCUCCAGGUCCUAUUGCAUUUGGGCCAACUCUGUCUCCUCCAGCUUCUACAGUCCCUAAAUCAACAUCUCCAGCUCUGGCACCACAACCAGAAAUCCCUACUGGAUUAACUCCAACAUCUUCACCGGCGAGUUCAGGGACCCGUCCAGUUCUGACCCCAUCAUCUGCCAAUCCCUCUCAGAGUUUCUCACCAUCUCUCCUAUUAUUUGUUAUAGGAUUACUGGCCUUGAAGUUCCAUUAAAUCUGAGAUUCUAUUAAUGGUUUUGUUUAGUCGUGUGUGUAUCCUCUAUAUAUUGAGUAUUUAUUGGCGAUUGUAUUCUUCUUUUUUUUUGGCAUUGAUUGGCGACUGUAUUAUAAUUCAUUAAUAAACCCAGUUUUGAUUCUUUUUUGAUCUUA